AUGUUUGAACAGAGCCCGUUACCCAAUCCUGAUAACCACAUCUCUUCUCCUCCAACAAUGGCAUCAAAACCCUGUUCAUCGUGCAGAAAUUUACAUCGGAAAUGUGAUAAAUUACGUCCAUCAUGCUCGCACUGCCUCAAGAGAGGAUAUGAAUGUGUGUAUGGACCUUCGUCUGCUGAAAAACGACGUCUGGCCAACAAACAAACGCAGCAACCAGCUACUACUAACAAUGCUAAGAACGCAAAAAACAAGACCUGUACCAAUGAAAUAGUUUUUUCUUUCUCGGAAUAUCAACAUGAUGAUUCUAGUAGGAAUUACCAUAAUGGCAAUAGACUUAAUUAUCAUCACUAUCAUCCAUACUCACAAUCAUGCGGGUUUUCAACCUCAUCCAAUUCAACGCACAGUAAUUGUAUUUCUACCCAUCCGCAACCUAAUUAUCGACCUCAUCCAUCGCUUUAUGCUAAUCCGAAUGAAACUCAAAUUCAGCAUGCCAUUAAUUAUCGAUUGUCAACUACACAAACAAUGGAUAUUUAUUUCAACUUUACAUGUUUGGGCAUACCACUGAUAGACAGAAAGAAAUUAGAAUUUAUUAUUGAAAGUCAAUUAACAAGUGGUUAUAAUGGCAUUGCAAAUUAUACUCACUCUCAACAACCUCCUCUGUACAGCCAAAAUGACCUUGAAAAAGAUCUAGCUGUAUUCUACUUGUUGCAAGCAGUGAGUUUACAACAAGCAGGAAGUUUUCAUGACACGUUCAAUAGCAUGAAUGCUGAGCGAAACACUUUACUGCCACAACAUUUAUUUCAGCACGGAAAACAAUUAAUUUCAAAGUAUUGUGACGAUUUUGACUCAAUGAAUUUAAUCAUAGCCACAAAGUUUAUGGCUGACUACUUGCUAGGGGAGGGAGAAAAGAGCAAAGCAAGAGCAUUAAUGGUGCAUGUCAGAGCUAAAUUACAACCUCAUCUUUCUAACUGUACAUCUAAUACAACCCAAUACCAACAGGAGUUUUCGUCAAUGAAUUUCUCACCGUUCAGUAACAGCGCUCAUGCCAAUAGAAAUGAUUUUUUUGAACUCAGCAUUCCCCAAAUUUUUUCCUCUCAAAAUUUUGUAACUGCAAUGUUAAUUGAAACUCAAUUACGAUACGCAGACAUUUUCUUCUAUGAAGAAGAACGACCUACAACUUUUAUAUUUGAUGAAUUUGAAGCGUUGUCUAAUCACAAAAUCAAAUUUUCGAGACAAAAACUUUUUGGAGAGGCAGCAAGCUCCUGUACAGAUAUAAGCGAAGAACUCUCUCAAAAACUUAUUCAAGCCAUUCACGUUGGCAUGAGGUGCUUUGACAGCAUUUUCACGAGCACAUUUGCAAAAAGAAACACGACAUUAUUUUUAUUAGCUCAUUUGUAUGGACGCCAGAUUUAUUUGGAAAUUCUAGUCAAUUCCAAAGUUAGAAAUUUAACAGAAAUUAUGAAAGUAUGCUCUGAUAUUAUGAUACUCGCUACCACUCACACAUGUUUUCAAUUCUUACCAGUUGUUGCUACCAAGGCUGUUUUAAUGGCUAUUUCUCUGAGGUUCUCUUAUGUUGUUGAAUAUCAUGCAAGUACCUGUGGCAUGAAAUUGAACGAGGAGAAAAAUUGUAGUACACAAAUUAAUUUGAAUGAUGAUUUGAAAAUUUUGAAAAGUCUUUGUCAUAGAUUCAAGCUUAUUAGGGACGAGAAACGAGACCUUGUCAAGGCAUUAGAAUCGCUUGUUUACUUGCAACAAGAGCAGACGCAAAAUGCUCGAAAAGAAUCCACUCUUCUUGGUAGUGUGCUUCCAUUGAUUGACGUGAAUAGAGAGGCGCCACUUCUCGUGCCGUCUUUGUCAAAGCAUGACAACUCGGUCAUUUCUAAAGAUGAGCGACCACUAUGGUCACUAUCUCAAGAAAAAUUCGCUCCUCACUCAUUCAAACAAGCUGUUCGUGAAGUAUUGGAAAAUCCAGAGCUAAUGGAGAUUUUUAUUGAUGGACUUGCGGAACAGAAUAUGAUUAACGAAGGUUGUUCUACUACUUUGACAGAGGAUUCAAAUUCACUCAAAACUCAACAACUCUUGCUCGAAAAGAGAUUGGAGAUUGCGAACAAAAUCAUUGCCCUAUCCAAGAAUAAUCAUGAUCUGACAGGAAUAUUGGAAGGUGAAAGUUUCAAGAAAUUCAUAUGUGCUGAGUUUGAAAAUGCCUGUGCAAACAAUAAUUAA